UCCUCUGCCCUCAAACUCUCCAGCCCGUCUUCCAGUACCCCUAGAUACCACUAAGAGGUCCUGAGGAAAGGUACCCCACUGCCAUUAUGGGGAAAAAUACGAAGAAACCCCCUCCGAAGAAAGGCAAGAAGAGAAAGAAAGAAGACCUGGACGAUCUGAAGAAGGAAGUGGACGUCGAGGACCACAAGCUCUCCUUGGAAGAGCUCGCCCAGAAGUACAAGACAGACCUGAACGCAGGCCUCACAAAAGCCCAAGCGGCUGAAAUUUUGGCCCGGGACGGCCCCAAUGCUCUGACCCCGCCCCCGACCACCCCAGAGUGGGUCAAAUUCUGCCGCCAGCUCUUUGGGGGCUUCUGCAUCUUGCUGUGGAUCGGGGCUUUCCUCUGCUUCUUUGCCUAUGGCAUCCAGGAGAUCGUGGAGGGCAACGCGCAAAAGGACAACCUCUACUUGGGUAUUGUGUUGGCAGCAGUGGUGUUGAUCACCGGCUGCUUCUCCUACUACCAGGAGGCCAAAAGCUCCCAGAUCAUGGAGUCCUUCAAGCACAUGGUGCCGCAGAAAGCCCUGGUCAUCCGGGACGGCAAGAGGAUGCAGAUCAACGCUGAGGAAGUGGUGGUGGGGGACUUGGUAGAGAUCAAAGGAGGAGACCGGGUCCCCGCCGAUUUGAGGAUUAUCUCGGCCAGUGGCUGCAAGGUGGACAACUCCUCCCUCACGGGCGAAUCAGAGCCGCAAUCUCGAAACGCAGAUUACACCCACGAGAACCCGCUCGAAACACGCAAUAUUUGCUUCUUCUCAACCAACUGUGUGGAAGGAACUGCCCGAGGCAUCGUCAUCUUAACGGGGGACGAUACAGUGAUGGGACGCAUUGCUUCCUUGGCAUCCGGCCUGGCGGAAGGAUCCACCCCCAUUGCCCGGGAGAUUGAACACUUCAUCCAUAUCAUCACUGCUGUGGCUGUCUUCCUGGGCGUGUCCUUCUUCAUCCUGGCCAUGAUACUCGGCUACCGCUGGCUGGAGGCGGUUGUCUUCUUGAUCGGCAUCAUUGUGGCAAACGUCCCCGAAGGGCUCCUGGCCACUGUCACCGUCUGCCUGACCCUCACGGCCAAGCGCAUGGCCUUGAAGAACUGCCUGGUGAAAAACUUGGAGGCGGUGGAGACGCUGGGCUCCACCUCCACCAUCUGCUCAGAUAAGACAGGAACCUUGACCCAGAACCGUAUGACCGUCGCUCACAUGUGGUGCGACAACGAGAUCUUUGCCGCUGACACCACCGAGGAACAAGCCGGGGCGAUGAUGACGAUGAAGCGCUCGCCUACUUGGCUGGCCCUCACCCGCAUCGCUGGGCUCUGCAACCGGGCUGACUUCAAGCCUGGGCAGGAGGAGGUCCCAGUUGCCAAGAGGGAAACUACCGGGGACGCGUCCGAGUCAGCGCUCCUGAAAUGCAUAGAGCUCUCCUACGGGUCCGUGGCAACCAUGCGGGAGAAUAACCCCAAAGUAGCGGAGAUUCCUUUCAACUCCACCAACAAGUACCAGCUGUCCAUCCAUGAAGCCGAGGAUAAGCCCAAAGGCCACAUCCUGGUGAUGAAAGGGGCUCCUGAGAGGAUCCUGGAUGUAUGCUCCACCAUCUUGAUCAACGGGAAGGAAGUCAACCUGGACAAGAACAUGACAGAGGCCUUUCAGAAUGCUUAUGAUGAGCUAGGAGGGCUGGGUGAGAGGGUGCUGGGCUUCUGCCAGUUCUACCUCCCUGAGAAGCAAUUCCCCCGAAGCUUCCAAUUUGAUGUGGAGAAAGUCAACUUCCCCAUCUCCAAACUCUGCUUCGUCGGGCUUAUCUCCAUGAUCGAUCCGCCUCGGGCCGCCGUGCCGGAUGCCGUUGGGAAAUGCCGAAGCGCCGGGAUCAAGGUGAUCAUGGUGACCGGGGAUCAUCCGAUCACCGCCAAAGCCAUUGCCAAGGGAGUGGGCAUCAUCUCAGAGGGGACUGAGACGGUAGAGGACAUUGCGCAACGACUCAACAUCCCCGUCAGUGAGGUGGACCCAAGAGAAGCCAAGGCCUGUGUGGUUCACGGUAGCGACCUCAAGGAGAUGACCUCUGAAGAACUGGAUGACCUCCUGAGGAACCACAACGAGAUCGUCUUUGCCCGCACUUCCCCGCAACAGAAACUCAUUAUCGUGGAAGGAUGCCAGCGGCAGGGAGCCAUUGUGGCGGUCACAGGUGAUGGAGUGAACGACUCGCCCGCCCUCAAGAAAGCCGACAUCGGCAUCGCCAUGGGCAUCGCCGGCUCCGAUGUCUCCAAACAAGCCGCGGACAUGAUUCUGCUUGAUGACAAUUUCGCUUCCAUCGUGACGGGCGUGGAGGAAGGCCGGCUGAUCUUUGACAACCUCAAGAAGUCCAUCGCCUACACCUUGACCAGCAACAUCCCAGAGAUCUCCCCUUUCCUGAUGUUUAUCAUCUUCAGCAUCCCGUUGCCCCUGGGCACCAUCACCAUCCUGUGCAUUGACCUGGGGACCGACAUGGUGCCCGCCAUCUCCCUGGCCUACGAGAAGGCCGAGAGUGACAUCAUGAAGAGGCAGCCGCGCAACUCCAAGACGGACAAGCUCGUGAACGAACGCCUCAUCAGCAUGUCGUACGGGCAGAUCGGCAUGAUGCAAGCCAUCGCCGGCUUCUUCUCUUACUUUGUGAUCAUGGCGGAAUAUGGGUUCCUCCCCUCCAUCUUGUUGGGGCUCCGCCUGGAUUGGGACGACCGGUCCAAGAACGACCUGGAGGACAGCUUCGGCCAGGAGUGGACCUACGAGCAGCGGAAGGUGAUCGAAUACACCUGCCACACCGCCUUCUUCAGCAGCAUCGUGGUCGUGCAGUGGACGGACCUCAUCAUCUGCAAGACCCGGAAGCUCUCUCUCUUCCAGCAGGGCAUGAAGAACGAGAUCCUCAUCUUCGGCCUCAUUGAGGAGACCACCUUGGCGGUCUUCCUGUCCUACUGCCCCGGCAUGGAGAUCGCCUUGCGCAUGUACCCGCUCCUGCCCAUGUGGUGGCUGUGCCCCAUGCCAUUCAGCCUGCUGAUUUUCGUCUACGACGAAAUCCGGAAGUGCAUUAUCCGUAAGCAUCCUGGCGGCUGGGUCGAGAGGGAGACCUACUACUGAU